CCCGUGCGGCCAGCACGUGGCGUGUGGUGCUUUGCCAGCUGGAACAGGAAGAUAGGAGGAUGCCACUAACCCAUGAGAGAAAAAGAGGCUCUCUUUUUAUUUGCCAAAGAAAGAAUUUCCUUUCUAAACCUCCUGAUAAAGUCAAGGGCUCAUCGACAUUUCUGGCAGCGGCUACAAUGUCUUAGAGGUCCGGAGUCCCUCCGCAGCUUCUCUGAGACUAGACCCGCUCAGGCGUGGACUUCUGUCCCCCGCACUCCUCCACCCGCGGGAGAGGCGGGGUGUGUGUGUGGCGGCAGUCCAGGCAGUUUCACUGAUUUUUCUGCAAACAAGUAGGGGAUAUAGCGCAGUCAGUCCUCCCGAGAGGGGCUGGUACUUUCGUUCUAAAGCUCUCGUUUCCUCGGGGAACAGAAUUGCUAGACGCAUGGGUGCGCUGUCUUUAGUCUUCCCCGCUCCCUCUGAGGGCCGGCAGGGGUUAAAUCUCAGGCUCCGGCUCCGUGGGAGAAGGUGAGGCUGGGAGGUCCGAGGUGAGGGCGUGCCAUCUGGGUGCCGGAGAGGUGUGGAUGGAGGGGAUCGUCUCCUCCCUGCUGGAGCCGCUUUGUUAGAGAGGAGGGUCAUAGAUACUCAGUAUGUUUCCGCUGACUGAGGAAAACAAGCAUGUGGCCCAGUUGUUGUUCAAUACUGGUACAUGUCCAAGAUGUAUCUUCAGAUUCUGUGGUGUGGAUUUUCAUGCACCUUACAAACUUUCUUACGAGGAGUUGCUCAAUGAACUACAGAAAUUUCUGAAAACUGAAAAAGGUGAAUUAAUUUUGGAAGUUCCAAACCCACCUCCCAAGAAAAUUCGACUCCAUGAACUGGAAGAUGGGAUUGAUGGGACUGAUAAUCAGAGUCAAAAUGGAGAGGGAAGGGUGUCCGUUAUUGAAGACGGAAGCAUUGCUUCUAAGAACUCCAGUCCAAAUGUAUGCAAUGUAUGCCUAGGAAUUCUUCAGGAAUUCUGUGAAAAAGAGUUCAUUAAAAAGGUGUGCCAAAAGGUAGAGGCCUCUGGAUUUGAAUUCACUAACUUAGUGUUUUCAGUCUCCUUCCCACCACAGCUAUCUGUAAGAGAGCAUGCUGCAUGGUUGCUGGUAAAACAGGAAAUGGGAAAGCAGAGUCUGUCACUGGGAAGAAAUGACAUAGUUCAGCUAAAAGAAGCCUACAAAUGGAUAACUCACCCCCUGUUUUCAGAGGAACUGGGUGUUCCCAUUGAUGGAAAGAGCUUGUUUGAAGUGAGUGUGGUCUUUGCUCACCCAGAAACAGUGGAGGAUUGCCACUUCCUACGUGCAAUAUGCCCGGAUUGCUUCAAGCCAGCCAAAAACAAACAGUCAGUAUUCACUAGAAUGGCGGUUAUGAAAGCUUUGAAUAAGAUAAACGAAGAGGAUUUCCGCAAGCAGUUUCCUUGUCCUCCAAACUCACCAAAGGCUGUAUGCUCUGUCCUUGAAAUGGAAUGUGCUCAUGGUGCUGUCUUCGUGGCUGGGAGAUAUAAUAAAUACUCCAGGAAUCUGCCACAAACUCCUUGGAUAAUUGAUGGAGAAAGGAAGCUGGAAUCUUCAGUGGAAGAAUUAAUUUCAGAUCAUCUUUUGACAGUAUUCAAAGCAGAGAGUUUUAAUUUUUCAUCCUCUGGAAGAGAAGAUGUAGAUGUGAGGACGUUAGGAAAUGGAAGGCCCUUUGCAAUUGAGCUGGUGAAUCCUCAUAGAGUGCAUUUCACUUCACAAGAAAUUAAGGAACUUCAGCAGAAAAUUAAUAGCUCGUCUAACAAAAUCCAAGUCCGUGACUUGCAGCUUGUCACAAGAGAGGCAAUAGGACAUAUGAAAGAAGGUGAAGAAGAAAAGACCAAGACCUAUAGUGCCUUAAUAUGGACAAAUAAAGCAAUACAGAAGGAAGACAUUGAAUUUCUAAAUGGCAUGAAGGACUUAAAGAUCGACCAGAAGACACCUCUGCGGGUCCUGCACCGGAGGCCCCUGGCUGUAAGAAGUCGCAUCAUUCACUCCAUGGAGACAUGCUAUGUGGAUGAGCAUCAUUUCCGUCUCCAGCUAAAGACUCAGGCUGGAACCUACAUUAAAGAGUUUGUACACGGAGACUUCGGGAGAACCAAGCCGAACAUUGGCUCUCUGAUGAAUGUGACUGCAGACAUUCUUGAGCUGGACGUUGAGUCUGUAGAUGUUGACUGGCCCCCUGCUCUGGAUGACUAGCUUUCAAGCUUGGAAACGGAGUAGGGUUUUCGUGGCCCAACGUGGAUGUCCAUUCAGCAUACAUUGUAAAACGGCUGUUUACCCACCAUAAGGGUGUCUUGGCAACUGUUUGGAUCAUGUUGAUCUAUUUAUUUUUAAACUUGUAACAUCUCAGGAUCCAUAUACAGUAUGUGUAGAAUGUGUGCUACAUUGUUCUAAAGAUGUCUUAUGAUUUUUCUUGUUCCCUCGCCAACCCCCACAAGUCCAACUAUGAAUUAUGAAACCAUUCCCUAUAUUCAUUCUUCCAUUUAGAGAGGUGCACAAACAGGAUACAUUCUCUGAUAAUCUUAAGAAGCUGUAAUUUCUUUCAGCAAAACUUCCCUUCACAAGAGAAUUACCACCUUUAAAAUCAUGUUCUAAAUUUUUAAAACAAUGUUGAUAAGUUGUCUAUAUUUAUGCAGCACAGUAUCUUAUAAUAAGAUACCAAAUGUAAAUCUGAGACCAUUAUUAUUUUUCCCAGUAAGCUUCUAGCAAGCUAUUACCAAUAGAAGUACUCUUGGUGUGAUUUGUCACAAAUGCUAAUGACUUCAAGUUACUCAUUGACAAUCUAAAAUUGUCAAUGCCUUUCCUGGAGAGGGAAAGUAAAACCUUAGGAAUCGAGGUAAGAGACUUUAAUAAAUCUUUUAAAGAAGGAGACACAAGUGCCUUCAAUAACUUCAUUGCCAGGGAUAAGAUUUUGAAAAAUUGAGAUUGCCAAAAAAAGGUGAUACUAUUCUAGAGGGCUUCAAUAUUAUUAUCUAACCUCAAACGUCCUUAUCAGGUAGACAGGAUAUUAUCAUCUCCAUUUUAUAAAUAUGAAAACCAAAGAUAGCAGUUAAAUGAUUUAUCUAAAUUGUUAGUUACUUCCAUGUCUAAGACCAAAACUUAAGUUUCCUGGUCUGUAGGCCCUUUCUAAUAAACCUUAUUAUUGAGCACAUACUGUGUGAAGGAGGCAGUUGAGGAUGUCAUUUUAAUGCACAUAACCAUGAAAAUUGACUUUCAGAAUUUAGAUUCAAGGAGCUUAUCCCAAAAUAGCCCAAGUAUAUUUCAUAGUAUCUCAUGAUUACCAUUUGCUAAUAAGUUAAUAAUCAGUUAGUACUACGAAGAGGAAAAAACAAACAAAACUUAGAGAAAACGGUUGAGUCAUUAAGAGAAAACUUUCAGAAAGGAGUCUCAUUAAAAUUUUACACUUAAGUGUCAUUUCCAUCAUCCUGACUCAACUCUCUGAGCUUCAGAACACAUGUGACUUGGAUAGUAUUAGAUUACCCAGUUUCCUAUCUCUCCAUUCAAUAUAAUUCAGAUACUAAGAUGUAUUAUUUUAAAAAAUUGUUUUAAAAUAUUUUUUUAUUGAUUUCAGAGAGGGAGAGGGAGAGAGAGAUAGAAACAUCUUCUCCCUCCCCAUCCCCCCAACCCCCCUUACUGGGUAUAGAGCCCGAAACCCCAGCACACGACCAGGAAUUAAACCUCUACCUGCUGGUUCAUAGCUCGACGCUCACCCACUGAGCAACACCAGCCUGACAAGAUGUAUUAUUCACUUCAGAAAUUAGGAAAAUGGUUUUAUCAUGAAAUUUCAUUAUGUGAAUAAUAGCAAGUAAUUUUUUUUCACUAUUUUCAAUAAGCCAGAAAAUGAGAAAGGGAUAAUAGAAAUAAACUUUUGAUAAAAAGGUAA